GGGGGCGCUGUGAGGAUUCGGUACCGUUUCCAGGCAGCGCAGGAGAGAAGGAGGAUUGUUUCGUUGCUCUGUCUUUGUUCAGCAGCUUGGAGGCUCUUGCGCGGAGAGAGACGAGCUGACAAACCCGAGCUGGGAGGCUAGAUCUCCGAACAGCAAAGCCAUCGAGUCCGAGCAGACGAGACUGCACCGCCGAGCGCAGCAAGACGAGGGGGGCGUGCAGCGAGAGCUGCCGGGCUUGUAGCUGUACGCUCACCGGACACGGGGUCUAGGGGCUCCGAGAGGGGACGGGGGACGGAAAAGGGGGUCUCGCUUGAAGGCGCAGACAGGAGGCGGGGUGCAGUGUUGAUGCGAUAAUAUUAUUUUAUAAAAUUCCGAAAUUCUCCGGAGCGGCUCAGCGGCAGAGUGUAUGGGAUGGAACCGGGGACGCCUGGAGCCGGGCUGGCAGGUCCCUUCCUGCCCCAGCAGCUGCAGCAGGUGUUUCAGGCUCCUCGCCGGCCGGGGCUCGGCUCCAUCGGGAAGCCCAUCAGGCUGCUGGCAAACUACUUCCAGGUGGAGAUCCCCAAGAUGGACGUGCACCACUACGAGGUGGACAUCAAGCCAGAGAAGUGUCCCCGGCGCGUCAACAGGGAGGUGGUGGAGUACAUGGUGCAGCAUCUAUCUGUCUCUCUAUCUCUCUGUCGCCCCCUGCAGGGAGGUGGUGGAGUACAUGGUGCAGCAUUUCAAACCCCAGAUCUUCGGCGAGAGGAAGCCGGUCUACGAUGGAAAGAGGAACAUCUACACAGUGACAGCGCUGCCCAUCGGCAACGAGCAGGUGGAUUUCGAGGUGACGAUCCCUGGUGAAGGGAAGGACCGGAUAUUCAAGGUGUCGAUAAAGUGGGUGGCGAUGGUGAGCUGGCGGCUGCUGCACGACGCCCUGGUCAGUGGCCGGGUCCCAGUCCCGCUGGACUCUGUGCAGGCGCUGGACGUGGCCAUGCGGCACCUCUCCUCCAUGAGGUACACUCCAGUGGGGCGCUCCUUCUUCUCCCCUCCCGAGGGGUACUAUCACCCGCUGGGCGGGGGCAGGGAGGUGUGGUUUGGGUUCCACCAGUCCGUGCGGCCCGCCAUGUGGAAUAUGAUGCUGAACAUCGACGUGUCGGCCACUGCGUUUUACAAAGCCCAGCCUGUGAUUGAGUUCAUGUGUGAGGUGCUGGAUAUCCGCAACAUCGCCGAGCAGCCCCGAUCCCUCAGCGAUUCUCAGAGGGUGCGACUCACAAAGGAAAUCAAAGGCCUGAAGGUGGAGGUGACUCACUGUGGGCAGAUGAAGAGGAAAUACCGAGUGUGCAACGUGACCCGUCGGCCCGCCAGCCACCAGACGUUCCCUUUGCAGCUGGAGAACGGCCAGGCAAUGGAGUGCACGGUGGCUCAGUACUUCAAACAGAAGUACAGCCUGCAGCUCAAGUACCCGCACCUGCCCUGCCUGCAGGUGGGCCAGGAGCAGAAGCACACCUACCUGCCCCUGGAGGUGUGUAACAUCGUAGCGGGGCAGCGCUGUAUCAAGAAACUGACGGAUAAUCAGACUUCCACCAUGAUCAAAGCGACCGCGCGCUCAGCACCCGACAGGCAGGAGGAGAUCAGCAGGCUGAUGAAAAAUGGCAGCUACAAUCUGGACCCGUACAUCCAGGAGUUCGGGAUCAAGGUGAAGGAUGACAUGGUGGAGGUGACGGGCAGAGUGCUGCCAGCACCCAUCCUGCAGUACGGAGGCAGGAACCGAGCCGUCGCCACCCCCAACCAGGGCGUGUGGGACAUGCGGGGGAAGCAGUUCUACAAUGGCAUCGAGAUCAAGGUGUGGGCCAUCGCCUGCUUCGCUCCGCAGAAACAGUGUCGCGAGGAGGUGCUCAAGGGCUUCACUGACCAGCUGCGCAAGAUCUCCAAGGACGCGGGGAUGCCUAUCCAGGGCCAGCCCUGCUUCUGUAAAUACGCGCAGGGUGCUGACAGCGUGGAGCCCAUGUUCCGCCACCUGAAAAACACCUAUUCAGGGCUGCAGCUCAUCAUAGUCAUCCUGCCCGGGAAAACGCCCGUCUACGCGGAGGUGAAGCGUGUGGGAGACACUCUCCUGGGAAUGGCCACUCAGUGCGUUCAGGUGAAGAAUGUGGUGAAGACCUCCCCCCAGACCCUCUCCAACCUCUGCCUGAAAAUCAACGCCAAGCUGGGGGGCAUUAACAACAUCCUGGUCCCGCACCAGCGCUCUGCAGUGUUCCAGCAGCCUGUGAUCUUCCUGGGCGCUGAUGUCACGCACCCCCCUGCAGGCGACGGCAAGAAGCCCUCGAUUACUGCGGUGGUGGGGAGCAUGGACGCUCACCCCAGCCGAUACUGUGCCACGGUGAGAGUACAGCGCCCCCGGCAGGAGAUCAUCCAGGACCUGGCCUCCAUGGUGCGGGAGCUGCUCAUCCAGUUCUACAAGUCGACCCGCUACAAGCCCACCAGGAUCAUCUUCUACAGAGACGGGGUGCCGGAGGGGCAG